ACCUUUUUUUUUUCUCUCUCUGCAAAAAGCUCUAUCGAGUUCUUCGAUCUAAACCAUUGUUAAUGGAGAUUUCAACUCAGAUCUUAACUAAAUCAUACAUUUAGAGGAGCCCCAAGAUUUCGAAAUUUUCAUUUUGGUUACCGAAAUCGUUUACUAGAAAGUGUUUGAUAAAUUGUCUGAGUGAAGGAACGAUUUUUUUUUUUUUAAUGGCGAAUUCAUUUCCAGAAGAAGUAUUAGAACAUGUAUUUUCAUUUGUGAAAACAGAUAGAGAUAGGAAUACAAUAUCAUUAGUUUGUAAAUCUUGGUAUGCAUUAGAAAGAUGGUGCAGAAGAAGGAUCUUUAUUGGUAAUUGUUAUGCAGUUAGUCCAAGGAUAUUGAUAAGAAGAUUUCCAGAAGUUAGAUCUGUAUCAUUGAAAGGAAAACCUCAUUUUGCUGAUUUUAAUUUAGUACCUGAAGGUUGGGGUGGUUAUGCGUAUCCAUGGAUCUUAGCUAUGUCUGAAGCUUAUCCUUGGUUAGAAGAGUUGAGAUUGAAAAGAAUGGUUGUAACUGAUGAAAGCUUAGAGUUGAUUUCUAAGUCUUUUAAGAAUUUUAGGGUUUUGGUUCUUUCUUCUUGUGAGGGUUUCACUACUGAUGGAUUAGCUGCCAUUGCUGCGAAUUGCAGGAAUCUGAGAGAGCUGGACUUGAGAGAAUGUGAAGUUGAUGAUCGUCGUGGUAACUGGCUUUGUCAUUUUCCGGAGUCGUGUACUUCAUUAGUCUCCCUCAAUUUUGCAUGCCUUGAUGGGGAGGUCAGCUUCUCUGCUCUAGAACGCUUGGUUAGUAGAUGUACCAAUUUGAGGACUCUCCGGCUGAACCACGCAGUGCCUCUUGAUAAGCUUCCCAGCCUUCUUGCUCGGGCUCCACAACUUGUGGAUGUUGGUACGGGUGUUUUUUCGGCAGAUUUUCGCCCAGAAGUCUAUUCGAAGCUUGCUGGUGCCUUUGGAAGCUGCAGGGGGUUGAAGAGUUUGUCUGGGUUAUGGGAGGUGGCCCCUGCAUAUGUCCCAGCCAUCUAUUCAAUUUGCACCGGACUUACAUCUUUGAACUUGAGCUAUGCUAGUAUCCAAAGUCCCGAGCUCAUCAAGCUGGUUAGCCAAUGUCGGAAUCUGCAGCGGUUAUGGGUAUUGGAUUACAUAGAAGAUAGAGGUCUUGAAGCCAUUUCUGAAUCCUGCAAGGACUUGCAAGAACUGAGGGUGUUCCCGUCCGAACCAUAUGACGUGGACCAGAAUGUCUCACUAACAGAGCAAGGUCUUGUUUCUGUUUCCGAGGGCUGCCCCAAGCUUGAAUCAGUGCUUUACUUUUGUCGCCAGAUGUCCAAUGCGGCACUGAUAACCGUUGCCAGGAACAGGCCCAACAUGACGCGUUUCCGUCUUUGCAUCAUAGAGCCCCGAACACCCGAUUACUUAACCUUUCAACCACUUGAUGAUGGUUUUGGGGCUGUCGUGGAACACUGCAAGGAUCUUCGGCGGCUUUCUCUUUCUGGUCUUUUAACAGACCGUGUCUUCGAAUGCAUUGGAGCACAUGCCAAAAGGCUUGAAAUGCUAUCAGUGGCUUUUGCAGGUGAUAGUGAUCUGGGCCUCCAUCAUGUGCUGUCAGGGUGCAAAAGCCUCCGAAAGUUGGAGAUUCGAGAUUGCCCCUUUGGUGACAAGGCUCUCCUGGCCAAUGCAGGGAAGCUGGAAACAAUGCGAUCCCUUUGGAUGUCUUCUUGCUCAGUGAGUUUUGGAGCAUGUAAACUUCUUGGUCAGAAGAUGCGGAGGCUUAAUGUCGAAGUUAUUGAUGAGAGAGGAACACCGGAUUCAAGACCAGAUGACUACCCUGUUGAGAGGUUGUACGCUUAUAGGACAGUAGCAGGUCCUCGGUUCGAUUCCCCGGACUUCGUUUGGAUGAUAGAUGAUGAUUCCUCGGCUUUUCGGCAGCUGGCUUAAAAGUAAAUCCUGCAGCAUGUCCAUAAUCAAACUGUGAGUUUUACAUGGUAAUCGAAGAUUAAGAGGUAUAGUUUCUCCAUCGUCAGUUUGAUUUACAGUUCAUAAGCUUAGUAAUAUAACUGCAGAUAGGAGUAGAUGGUAAGUGGAUAGUUAGAAGGGAGGGUAUACACCGCUGAGAAGUUUGGGUUACCUCUUCUUUUUCUUCAGUUGGCCGAGAAUGGUGUGAUAAAUAAGAAAUAAGACAGAAGGGAAGAAGAGAUUCAGGUUUGAUGUACAGAAUCUGUAACAGACCGGAAUGAGGGGUACUUCAUAUGCACAUCAACUUUGUUGUAUACCGUGAGAGUAGGUUUUUAUUUAUUUUUUCAUUCACCCAAGUGAAGCAAAUAUUUGUAAACUUUCUCCUGUUCUUUCCUUGGUUGGAACAACAACAUAAUUUGAGUUCUUGUUCUUAAACACAAUGAAAUUUCCCAUGCAUUUUAAGAAAUAAAUUCAGGUAAUGGAAACAAUAAUUUCUCUGCUGU